AUGAAAGGCUCUUGGAACUCAUCGAGUAUCAUUCCUAGUAGUUUCUCUUGUCUCUUCUUAUUCCUUUUUAAUUUUAGAGAUGUGUGUGCGGCUCCUACUAGAUACUUGUGUCUUCCUGAACAAAGAGAUGCAUUGCUCGAGUUUAAGAACGAGCUUGAGAUUGGAGAGCUUUCUUUUUAUUGUAUAAGUGGUUAUCCGAAGACGGAGUCAUGGUCAAAGAGCAGCGAUUGCUGUAAGUGGGAUGGUGUCACGUGCAAUUCCAAGUCUGGGGAAGUGAUCGAGCUAGACCUUAGUUGUAGCGGCCUCCAUGGCCAGUUUCGUCCCAAUAGCAGCCUUUUCAAGCUUCAAAACCUCCAUUUUCUAGACCUUUCACUUAAUGAUCUUAGUGGUCAUAUCCCAUCUUCAAUUGGAAAUCUUUCUCAUCUCACCAACCUCCACCUUUCUGAUAAUCAUUUCUUUGGUCAGAUUCUUUCUUAUGUUGCAAUGUUUUCUCAUCUCAACUCUCUUGACCUUUCCUACAACCAAUUUUUAGGUGAAGUCCCCCCUUCUAUUGGAAACCUUUCUAAGCUCAUCACACUCGACCUUUCAUAUAACCAAUUUUCAGGUUAUAUUCCAUUUUCAAUUGGAAACCUUUCUCAACUUGUCUCCCUUGGAUUUUCACAAAAUACUUUUAGCGGUGAGAUUCCGUCUUCGAUUGGUAACCUUUCUCACCUCACUUAUCUCCACUUGUUUAGUAACAACUUCAACGGUGAGAUCCCAUCUUCUGUUGGCAAUCUAAACCGCAUGAUCCGCUUAAGCGUUUUCUCUAACAAGCUGCAUGGAAACUUUCCCAUCGCACUAUUAAAAUUGACAAGGUUGUCAACUUUAAUACUCUCCUCAAAUCAGCUCACAGGCCCACUUCCUCCUAACGCGACUUCACUAUCCAACUUGGAGUUCUUUGAUGCAAGUGACAACGCUCUCACCGGAACGCUCCCUUCUUCUCUCUUCACCAUUCCUUCUUUGAAUUCCAUUGAUUUGAGUGAUAAUCAACUCGAAGGCUCGCUUGAGUUUGGGAAUACAUCUUCGCCACCUAAUCUACGAUCCUUACGUAUUGGCAGCAACAAGUUCAUAGGGCCAAUCCAGAGUUCCAUUUCCAAACUAACCAACCUUGAGGAACUUGACCUUUCCAGUUUCAACGCCCAAGGACCAGUUGACUUUAGUAUCUUCUCGCAUCUCAAGUCACUCCGAUCUCUUGGCCUAUCCCAUUUGAACACAACCACAACGAUUGACUUGAAUGAUAUCUUAUCAUAUUUCAAGAGGCUCAGCUAUCUGGAUCUCUCAGGCAAUCAUUUUUCAGCGGCUGCAAACAAAAAAAGUUCAGUUCCUCCUUCGCAAUCGCUAGUGUAUAUGGACUUGUCACAGUGCGGUAUAAAUGGUUUUUUCCCGGAGCUUCUGAAAACACAGCAGCGGUUGCGUACUCUAGACAUUUCCAACAACAAAAUCAAAGGUCUAGUGCCUGGCUGGUUAUGGAUGCUACCAAACUUGGAGAACCUGGAGCUUUCAAACAACACUUUCACCGGUUUCGAAAGACCACCAUCGAAACAUGGAUUAUUAUCAUUAUCCCAUGUAAGGAACUUUCUUGGCUCCAACAACAACUUCACGGGGGAGAUUCCUUCCUUCAUAUGUGCGUUGCGUUCUCUAAGUAUUCUCGAUUUAUCUAGAAACAACUUCAACGGUUCGAUUCCUCAUUGUUUUGGAAACCUUAAGAGCAGUCUCUCGGUUCUAAACCUUCGUCAUAAUCGUCUGCAUGGAGGUCUUCCAGAGAAUAUACUUGGGAAUCUAAGGUCGCUUGACGUCGGUCAUAACCACCUGACGGGGAAGCUUCCAAGAUCUUCUUUGUCAUCUCCUCUCGAAAUCCUGAACGUGGAAAGCAACGGAAUCAACGACACGUUUCCUUUCUGGUUAAGUUGUUUAACAAAUCUCCAAGUUCUCGUCCUUCGAUCCAAUGCAUUCCAUGGACCAAUACAUCAAGCCUCGUUCCCUAAGUUGAGGAUUAUCGACAUCUCGCGUAAUCACUUCAGUGGAUAUUUGCCAACGGGCUACUUCGUGAAGUGGAGUGCCAUGUCAUCACUUGGGACAAACAGAGAAGAUCGGUCCAAAGUAAAUUACAUGGACGUGAAAUACAUGGGAGAUGAAGUAGAUUAUGGAUAUUACCAUGAUUCAGUCGUUUUGAUGAAUAGAGGUUUAGAGAUGGAGCUAGUAACCAUCCUAAAAAUCUACACAACGCUCGACUUUUCGGGAAACGAACUCGAAGGAGAGAUUCCAAAGUCCAUCGGUCUGCUGAAAGAGAUUCGUGUGCUCAACUUGUCAAACAAUGGUUUCACUGGCCGCAUCCCUUCAUCUUUGGGAAACUUGACGGCUCUCGAGUCGUUGGAUGUUUCCCGAAACAAGCUUUCGGGAGAGAUUCCACAAGAGCUAGGGAGUCUUUCGUACCUUGCCUACAUGAACUUCUCGCAUAACCAGCUCGUGGGUCCUGUACCAGGAGGCACUCAGUUUGGUACGCAGAAUUGUACUUCCUUUGAGGAUAACAAGGGGCUUUUUGGGCCUUCUCUUGACGAAGCUUGCAGAGAUGUUCACGCGCCAGCAUCGCAUAAAGAAGACUAUGAAACGACGGAGACAGAGGGAGAAGAGGAAGAGGUGGUGAGUUGGAUAGCAGCUGCAAUAGGAUCCGUACCUGGUAUUGUCUUGGGUUUGACGAUUGGGUACGUUCUCACUUCACACAGACCAGAGUGGUUCGUAAACCCUUUUGGCCGGAAAAGUCGUCGAAGCAGAAGCACCACAACGUAACGGUGUAGAAACUAGAGAGGCUUUUAAGGUCAACAUGAAGACCCCUUGACCCAAGAGAUUCAACCACUCUCUGUCAAAAUAUUUCAGUUAUCGUUUCUGUUUAGCUUGGUGUGUUUUAUCUUUUGCUCUGUUUUUUUUUUAGUUUUAGUCAACUUCUUUGUCUCUCUGUAAUCGAAAUACUCUGUUCUGUACCUAAAAGUUUAUCUGCUCUUUUUAGAUGGAGAUGAAUCAAGAAAAGAGAA